AUGGUGCUGUCGACCAAAGAACCGCUUCCACCCUUCCCUCCCAGUCCUCCUGCCACGGAGCCCGACAACACAACCAGCUCGACCGCCGACAACUCGGUCGUGCCCAGCGCGCCGGCAUCCCAUUUCAAGCUUCUCCCAGGCAAAAUUCGGAACAUGAUCUACCGUUAUUGUCUUGUUUCCGACAGGACCAUCGUCCCCCGAAUCCCCGAGAGCGAGAUCCCAUCACAUAGCUUGCGUCAACCCAGAAACGGAACGAGCGGCGCCUUCUUCGAAUUAGCCCUGGGCACCGACAAGGAAAUAUUCGGCGAGGUUCUCUCUUUAUUUUACGGAGAGAACAAAUUUGGCCUGUCCAGCCCAUACCACAAAUGCUGGGUAAAUCGUGUCGGCAAGCGGAGCGCCGGUUGCAUCCGAGCCGUCGUUAUUCACUGCGAGGGCAAUGCCAAUCAUGCCAAGAGCUACCUCACCGAGAUGCAAACCGCCCUUGUCAAACGGUGUCCUAAUCUCAACUCCAUUGAGCACAACUGCGACUGGCCCAUUCCCGCCGACUUUUUCUUUACGAGGAUCAUGGCAAGCCACAUGGCCAUGACUUGGCGUCGAUUUAAGGAUCUGGAGAUGAUCGGCCUGCAACAUUACUACAUGCCGGCGCGCGUUCAGGAUAACUCGCCGUUAUGGGAGCUUCUCGCCAAGCUCUGUAAGCAAAGCAAGACCAGGGCCGUGGCCAUGCAACGAGCGGGUAUUUUUGUGACCGACAGAGCGGUGGGCGAGUGGGUCGAGAAUAAGAUCGAGGAUAAGAUCAAGGAUAAGAUCGAGGAUAAGGGCAAAGACAAGGGCAAACGUAAGGGAAAACGCAAGGGAAAAGUCGUUAGGGCAUCGCACUUGAACGUAGACAGACGGGACUAG